AUGCUUUAUUUAUUGUUAGAAAAAUCCUUGGAAAAUCGUCCUGAUGCGAUUGCAAUUGAUAAGUUUUUAUUAAUAGCUCCUAUGAAUAGUUUAUCAGCAUUAGAUUUUAAUAUACUUCCAGCUAUACGACACGGUUCUAUAAUUUGUUAUUUACCAACUAACUUACCUGGAAACGUAUAUAUUAAAACGAUUCUACCAAUUCUAUUUGAACAAAAUAUUACAUAUAUUGUUUGCAUAUCAUCAACAUUACGUAAUCUUGUUGAAGAAAUAAAAAGUUUUAUACAAGGAGAGUAUAGAAAAAGUUCAUUACGUUAUUGUUUUAUUGGCGGGGAAAAAGCAGGAAAAUGCUUAGAUUUAUGUCCACUUGAAUUGUAUCGAAUGAUCGAAACAAAUGGUUCUUGUGCCAUCCCAGCUGAUAAUCCACGUAAAUUCGGAUCAUAUAAACCAUUUGGUGGAACAACAAAAUUCAGAAUAACAAAUGAUAAUUGGGAAGAUGUCCCUUGUAACACAUGUGGUGAAAUAACAAUAUAUUCAAAUGCAAUAAUGACUGGUUAUUUAAGUGAUGAAAAAACUACUCAACAAAUAAUGAAAAAUGGUUGGCUUUAA